AAAAAAUCUGUGACGUCAGUGGGCACGCAGAAGUAGACGAGUUGAUACCGGCGAAUGGACAGAUCAUGAAAGUCAGCAAAUUUCACCACAUCUGAAAGAUCACCCGGACAAGUGACGAAUAUCUGUCACAUAUUCGAUACCAGAACCUUAUAUAAUGGACGUAUAUUGCUGCAGACGCUUUCGCUGUUUUGAUCCGAUUCAAAUUGACAGGGAUGAACAACUUGCUAGCCUUCGGUAAUGAUGUGCCCCGUGCUCGAAACGUUAGCAAACUAGAUUCAAAUUAAAUGUGUUGUCAUUACUUGAGAAAAAAAAUCUGUCGAUUUGAGAACAAAAUAUGUGGGGAUUACUGCCGACUACGGUCAAUUGACGAAAUCUGAAUGAGUUGUGAAAGCCUAAAUGCUAACUAGCUAGCAUUCCGAAACCAGCGUUAGCCAGCCAGCUAGCUAGGGACAAGGCACGGUUCUGUGCAGGUUGCUAUGGAAGAGGUGGCGCUAGAACCACCGACGGACGCGCUCUGUGAAUGUAAUGGAGGUAGAACCACCAAUUCCGAAGAUCCCAGACCUAAAAGCCGACAUCAUCAACCCGAAUUCCUGCCGAACCCGAGUAACUUUUCUCGGCUGUGCAGCAGGGACGAGGCGGAGAGGGCAGAGGCGCUGGAAGAACUGACCCAGAGCGUCAUGUCCCGGUUGGGUCUGGACCGACCCGGUUCUGCUCGUCUCGAUAAACACACUCUCCUGCAGCUGCUGCGGGUCUCCCGGUCCUACCCCUUACAGGAGGUCCGCGAGAGGGCAGCGGAACUACUGCGGACUGCACAGGAGCAAGGUGUUGAGAUUCCUCAGGCUUUGGCCUCCGGUCCUAGUGCCUUCAUCCCUGCACAAGUGAUUUUGGAUGAGGGACCAGAUCAGGAAGUUCUGAUAGAAGCCUUCCUCUCAUUGGGUCGUUUUGACCACAUCACCAUGGUGAUGGCCCUUCAUCCCACCUACCUCAGCUGCUUCCUGCGUACCCAGCAUGCUUUGCUGGAGCUGGAUGGCCCGCUACCCCGCCCCUGGAGGCACUACAUCGUUGUCAUGGCUGCAGCUCGUCACCAGUGUUCCUACCUUGUCCAACAGCAUAGUGCAGGGUUCCUGGAGGCGGGGGGGGAGGAGAGCUGGCUGGAGGGGCUACAACACACACACCCCAAAAUACGCUGCCUACACACACUUAACAAGCUGCUGGCACACAGACCCUGGCUCAUCACACAACAGCACAUACAGGAGUUGGUGUGUCCCGGGGCAGAUGAUCGUUGGUCAUUGGCUGAGCUGAUCCACGCAGUUGUUCUGAUGACUCACUCUCAUUCGCUGGCCUCCUUCGUUUGGGGGUGUGGCCUACACCCUGAGCCCGACCACAUAGGAGGCCACGCCUUCUGCCCACCAUCACCAUCCAAUAACAUGCCACAAAGCCCUCACAGUCCCGCCCCCGAGGACGGCAAGCCAGAGGAUGGAGUGACGGAGGUGGAGGCAUUGAUGAAGAGGAUGGUGGAGUUACAACAGCAGGUGGAGGAGUGUAGUCAGGAAGAGAUGAUCACUCGCUUUGAGAGGGAGAGGAGCGAGAGCAUACCUACUGCAGUGGUACGGGGAGCCCCCUCUGACCUGGUGUUGAGGUUAGUGGAGGAUCCAGAGUUCAUCUAUGAAGACUUCUCCAUCCGAGGAGAACAGUCACCUCCUACCAUGAGAGCACAGGACUACUCAUGGGAAGACCAUGGAUUCUCCCUAGUGAACAGACUGUUACCAGACAUGGGCCAAUUACUGGAGGAGAAGUUCCAGGUUGUGUGUGGUCUAACCUACAACAGGAUGGCGAUGCACAAGGAUGUGGACACACACACACUCCGCAAGGCUCUCUGGAACUACAUACACUGCCUCUACGGAAUACGGUACGAUGACUACGACUACGGAGAGGUGAAUGUGUUGUUGGAGCGAGGCCUCAAGAUGUUUGUGAAAACGGUAGCGUGUCAUCCAGAACAGACUACAGAUAGGAUCUACUCUGCCUACUGGAGACUCUUCAGACACUCUGAGAAGGUCCAUGUCAACCUGCUGCUGAUGGAGGCUCGACUACAGGCUGCUCUACUAUACACACUACGGGCUGUCACACGCUACAUGACAUGACUACGGGCUGUCACACGCUACAUGACAUGACUACGGGCUGUCACACGCUACAUGACAUGACUACGGGCUGUCACACGCUACAUGACAUGACUACGGGCUGUCACACGCUACAUGACAUGACUAUGGGCUGUCACACGCUACAUGACUAUGGGCUGUCACACGCUACAUGACAUGACUACGGGCCUGUCACACGCUACAUGACAUGACUACGGGCCUGUCACAUGCUACAUGACAUGACUACGGGCCUGUCACAUGCUACAUGACAUGACUACGGGCCUGUCACACGCUACAUGACAUGACUACGGGCCUGUCACACGCUACAUGACAUGACUGACGCGGGCCUGUCACACGCUACAUGACUACGGGCCUGUCACACGCUACAUGACAUGACUACGGGCUGUCACAUGCUACAUGACUACGGGCUGUCACACGCUACAUGACUACGGGCUAUCACACGCUACAUGACUACGGGCUGUCACACGCUACAUGACAUGACUACGGGCCUAUCACAUGCUACAUGACGUGACUACGGGCCUGUCACAUGCUACAUGACGUGACUACGGGCCUGUCACACGCUACAAGACGUGACUAUGGGCUGUCACAUGCUACAUGACAUGACUACGGGCUGUCACGCUACAUGACAUGACUACGGGCUGUCACACGCUACAUGACAUGACUACGGGCUGUCACACGCUACAUGACAUGACUACGGGCUGUCACACGCUACAUGACUACGGGCUGUCACACGCUACAUGACAUGACUACGGGCUGGCACACGCUACAUGACAUGACUACGGGCUGGCACACGCUACAUGACAUGACUACGGGCUGUCACACGCUACAUGACAUGACUACGGGCUGGCACACGCUACAUGACUACGGGCUGGCACACGCUACAUGACAUGACUACGGGCUGUCACGCUACAUGACAUGACUACGGGCUGUCACACGCUACAUGACUACAGGCUGUCACACACUACAUGACAUGACUACGGGCUGUCACACGCUACAUGACAUGACUACGGGCUGGCACACGCUACAUGACAUGACUACUGGCUGGCACACGCUACAUGACAUGACUACGGGCUGGCACACGCUACAUGACAUGACUACGGGCUGGCACACGCUACAUGACAUGACUACUGGCUGGCACACGCUACAUGACAUGACUACGGGCUGGCACACGUUACAUGACAUGACUACGGGCUGGCACACGCUACAUGACAUGACUACGGGCUGGCACACGCUACAUGACAUGACUACGGGCUGGCACACGCUACAUGACAUGACUACGGGCUGGCACACGCUACAUGACAUGACUACGGGCUGUCACACGCUACAUGACAUGACUAUGGGCUGUCACACGCUACAUGACAUGACUACGGGCUGUCACAAGCUACAUGUCAAACGGGCUGUCACACGCUACAUGACAUGACUAUGGGCCGUCACACGCUACAUAACAUGACUACGGGCCUGUCACACGCUACAUGACAUGACUACGGGCCUGUCACACGCUACAUGACAUGACUAUGGGCUGUCACACGCUACAUGACAUGACUACGGGCUGUCACAAGCUACAUGUCAAACGGGCUGUCACACGCUACAUGACAUGACUAUGGGCCGUCACACGCUACAUGACAUGACUACGGGCCUGUCACACGCUACAUGACUACGGACUGUAACACGCUACAUGACAUAACUACGGCCUGUCACACGCUACAUGACUACGGGCUGUCACACGCUACAUGACUACGGACUGUAACACGCUACAUGACAUAACUACGGCCUGUCACACGCUACAUGACUACGGCCUGUCACACGCUACAUGACUACGGGCCCGUCACACGCUACAUGACUACACACAGUUAAUGUCUGAAUCCGACAGUUCAGAUUGAUCAUAAGUCAAUGUUGUGUUUAUUCUGCUCUGUGUAAUAAGCUGCCUAUUUUAUGUUUGUGGUUAUAAUGCUACACUUUAUAGAGUUAGGUUGAUCCAGUCAAUCAAUCAAUCAUCUCACUGUGUUAAACUAUUAUUGUACUAGCUACUGUGUUCAGUGGCUGUUACCAUUUAAUGCUUCAGAUCAUACAUAAGACAAUUGAAUGAAUGGUUCAUGUAUUUUUUUAAUGUACAAUAAAAUGUAUUUUGUUAUCAAAAUCCA